CUGCUUCAGUGUUUUCCCUCAGAGAGGUGCAGCUCCAGAAGGACCCAGGCCACCGCAGCUCAGUGUUUCAGCCUUUAGGUCGAGGAAAGAACCGAAGACAAAGCAUCUUCUAGAGGUCACAGGAGGGGGAGCGAAGACACACAGAAAAGAGGAGCUGCCUUUUAAAAACACAGCAUAAAGGCCAACACAGCUCAGCACAUUCACAAGCAUGCUAACCUACAUGUACACACACUCAUGUGCAUUCACUCAUUUUCAUGGCAGCUGACCAUGGAGACACACAGGGUUUCUGGAAAUACAUUUGUACUACUGCACUUGAAAUGACUGAACUGAGAUACACUCGCCCUCCACACCCACACACACACAUACAGUACAUAUUUGCACACAUUUGCACAAUCGGCAACAUGCUGCCAUUACUUAGUUGCACAUACCAGAGAUUUAUAAGUAUCCUGCUGACACACACAGGCAUUUCAACCUAAGAAAAAAUGUCCCCUAAAUAAAACUACUCUGCUCUGUUAUAGUGUACACAUAGUAUACACAAGCUUGUAUAAUUGCCAUUCAGAGCACACCCAGGGCUCUGGCCAUCUAUGGUAGCUACCACACCAUGAACCAUCAUACAGUUGCAGGUGUACAGAAGUAAAGGGUUGUGGUGUGAAUGGAGGUUGGUUAAGUUUGAAGUAAAGUCCAAUGAGGUUCAUUUGUUUCCAAUUACGCUAAAUGUUUGUCUUACUAGGCUUAUCUCUACCCUAAGGUGUAGCUCAAAGAUACACUCACUGAUUUUGUUAUUGCACCCCCAAAUUGUAAAAUUUUCUUGUUUCUUCCCAGCUCAACAGUCACAUUCCAGAAUAUGUGCUGCUUUCAGGGCUGUAGCUAGGAUUUAAGAAAUACCGUGGUCAUAAAUGCCAUCAUUCAGUCAACUGUUCAGUUGUGCUUUAUGUCAUUUGUUUUCCAAGAAUGAAAGUCUAAAUGCUCAUCUAUUAUUUAUUAUGAUUUUGCCACACAUCUUAUAAAUGUUGUCAAAUUGCCCGAAGUCCCCCCAAGUUCCUAAACCUCCCAAUCCACAGAAAGAAAAUGGUAAUGAUGGCUAGGGCCUUGGAUGCGACUAGGCACUUGCUAAAUAACAAUCUCAGGGUGUGUAUCUUUAUAAAUAUUUAGAGCAUUUCCACUAUUUAAGUCUUUGUUAGCUGUAGUGAGCUAACAUGCUAAUUAAACAGCAAAAUAUUAUCAUGAGGCUCAUGAGGUUCAAUCUUAUUCUGCAUAAUAUAUGGAGCUGAUGGUUAGCUACCUGGAUAUGGCAGCUGGCUUAGACGCUGCUGUAACUUAAACAGUAUCAGAUUUAUCCGUGAUGAAAUGAUUAAAUCCCUGUCAAAAGAACCACCAAUAUGGCAGCUACGGGUGUGUAAAGUCACCUGACAGUCUUGAAGUUGUACAAGCAGUCUGGAUGUGGAAAUAGUAGCAACACACGGUUAAUUUACUGUACCUCUGCUCACAUAAAACAAACAUUGAGCCUAUCAUAAAAUCUGACUCCAUCGUUAAUAUAAAAUUCAUGUUGACAGACUUGCCGUGCUACAGUGCCCCAGUGUUUCAACUCAGUGUGGGGUUUUGUUCCAUACAGUGUUAACAGCUGACUUUCACUCCAGUUUUUGAAGUUGCCUUAGUAAACUGUGCAUGAUAUUUUGGUUUGUGAAGAAUCUAUAUUUGAUCUUGUGUAGCCAAUGUGUUAGAAGACAUUUGCUUUGUGUGUGUAAAUAACUCACUAUGAGUAUAUGUAUUUCUUAGUCUCCUAUUUGCACAAACCAGAAGUGUCCUCUGAAGCCUGCUCCCUUCCCUUUGUGUCUUACCUUAUAUAGCUCCAAAAUAUGACGCUCAUAUCGAACCAAAACCCCUUAACUCUAGACCAGUAAACUGAGAAAGUAUGUCAUACGAGUACUUUCUAGUAGCAAUUAUUUUCAGUAGGACUCACCACUACCCCUUAUGUUUGCACAGCUCUAUUGCACCUGUUAACAGGGAGCAGCUUUUGGUUAUAGGACCACAAUAGGCAGUGUAUAAAAGUACUCCUGAGUAAAGGCAUAGAGUAGAGGCAUUCACAAGUUGAAAGUUGCUAAGAUCACAUGUGCAGCUCAGUCAGGUAAAGACUUAGCAAUCUACCUACAUCUAAAGGACGGGGGUCACUGCCUUGAGGACUACUAUAUGCAUAUAUGUGGACAGAUGGUUUGAAAGAGUAGUGAAGGAUGCCAUCUAUGUGGAGCAACCAUUGCUCAACAGAGGAGUCAAGAAAACCGUGUAUGAGCCAUUUAUAAUGCCAUCCUGACAUCCCUUUCUCAGGCAUUUUAAGACCCGUUCACACCUUUACUCGUGGUUCUAAGGGCUGAUUCAGACCAAAUGAGGCGCUGCAGCAAAAACUCCCACUCAUUUGAGUGAGGGUAGUCAGUUUGGGCUGUCGUGGUGGGGCUGCAGCGACCUGCAGUGAAAAAGUUAAGGCAUAAUAAACUUAGAAACUCAACCUGACAUCACAAAGUGGUGGCCAAUCCGGCGAUCAGAACGGUUCAAUUGCUUCAGAGCCAGCCUGAACUGUCAAUGAAACAGGGAGUUCAUGGACCAAACAAUACUCUUCCAGUUUUGUCCUCCCUUGGUUUAUUUUGUGUACCCAGUUUCAACAUCUGUGUGACUUGCAGCACUAUUCUGAAAAAUUGCAAUACCAAGAAGUGACCUACAGAAAUAAAAUGUUAUUUUCUGAUUGUUUUACAGUAAACGCGCACACAACGCCUGAUUUGGUCUGUAUACAUACUAAAGUCACUUCAGAUGAAGUGCUUGUAGAAUCAUUGAAAAGGAACUGAAACCCCCUAACCCACACCUUUACAACAUUGGAACUGAUGUGGUCCGAAAAACUUUCUGAAGCUGACAAACUAACAUGCACCCCCACUUCAGCAAUUAGCUUCCAAAAAAAUGUCCAAAUGCGUGCGCUAUUAUAUUAAAUUCUACACGUUUUAAGAACGUAUUAAUUUGAAGAACACGCCUAUUCACCGAUGACUCAUGGCUUUAAGGCGCAUUGCAUGCCUCUUGCUCUGGACGCAAACAAAUGUGAAAAAUCAUGUUCUGUGCCCGUGAUGGCUGCACAUGGCUCUUUGCUGAUGACUGGCUUUUUGGUUUGUGGUACCCCCCACCCAAUCACUUAAAUUCCCGCCUUCUUCCAAAGUACACUGGUAAUCAACACACGUGCUGUACAUUUGUGACAUACAGCUACUAUAAAAGUUUUAACUAAGAACUGCCAAAGUUCUGCUUCUGCUUUCUUUACCUACCUUCCAGCCUUCCUGUUUAAUGCUGUAAAGUUCGAGAACAACAGUAGUACAAAGUAUGUACACUGUAAUUGUUAUGAACAGUGUGCACGAAACCACAGAUGAGAUCUCAUGCAUUUGGUAUGCAUGUUGCCAAAUGUGGCACAUGUGAACUUAACGGUUCUCAAUGUGUGAACGACCUUACAGAGGUUAAAUGCCUGGCACCCCUCCUCCGUUGGAGGUGAAAUGUCUUGAAGAAAACGCUGCAAGUCUAUAGCAGCUGCCUUUGAUUUAAUACUUCUGGAUCAUCAGAUCCACAGAAUUGAGCAGACCAUCAAGUAAGAGCUAAUGAAUGACGCCUUGAGACUGUUAAGGGAAUACAGAGGUAGAGAAGCUAACCAGUAACUAGAGAGUUGUUUAUUUGACCCUCCAAAGCAGGGUGUGUUCAAGUGGCCGUAAGCCAAGCACUGAACCCCUAAAGCGCUCCAGUGCCAGACUGAUAUGAAGAGUUAUAUCUGUGUAGGUCAGAGGGGUUUAUGUUUCUGUAUGAGUAAAGAGACAGAUGCCAGUGACAGUUUGAUGGCUGAAAGUUUUUCUACCUCUAAAAGUGAAUGAAGCUGAUGGAAGAAUUAUGUUGCGACCAUCCAACCCCCCUCUGUUCACCUGCCAGUGAGUGCAAGCAAAGGUGAAGGCAAUGAGGAGAGAAAUUCAGGGCAAACCUGCUGGGACUUCAGAGGGAUGCAUGGCUGUGGAUGUUACACUUCCAACCCCCAACCCCCAACCCCCCGCCCC